AUGCGCGGCGCCGAAGGUAGCGCGUCAUGUGUCUCCCCUGCCGACCUGGAUGGGGUGUCUGCGGUGGGACGAGAGAGGGUUUCCGCAGUCGGUAGCGGAGAGGUGAUGACGGUAGGCAAGGAGGAGGUUGACGUUUUGGUGACCGGCACCACACGUGGGUACACCGGUGGGAGGGUAGAGCUGGGGAUGGACGUGGGACGUGCAGAGGUGCAGGAGCGGAAGCCGGGGCAUCAAGCGGAUUGCCGAUCUCAUCAGCAAGAGGAACCGCGGCCCGACGCCGCCAUUCGCGACCCCGUCGCCGCCCUUCGCGGCCCCUUCGCCGCCCCUAGCGGCCCCGUCGCCGCCCUUCGCGGCCCCGUUGCCGCCUCUAGCGGCCCCGUCGCCGCCCUUCGCGGCCCCGUCGCCGCCUCUAGCAGCCCCGUCGCCGCCCUUCGCGGCCCCGUCGCCGCCUCUAGCGGCCCCGUCGCCGCCCUUCGCGGCCCCGUCGCCGCCUCUAGCGGCCCCGGUCGUGCUGUUGACUUUGAGGUCUGGGUCGAUGACCUCCAACUCUUCCUACAGUGCGAUAGGGCAAACGGACUCUCCCUGUUCGAACUCACCUCUGGUGCCUCUCCUGCCCCACCUGCUGAUGCUGACAGCACUGUUCGCUCACAGUGGGCCACACGCGAUGCUGCUGCCCGUCUUGCUGUGCGUCGCCACUUACCGACCGCUGAGCGUGCGCACUUUAGUCAGUACAAGAGUGCUAAGACCUUGAACGACGCUGUAGUUGCACGCUACUCUUCCCCUGCCACUGCUGCUCUUAGCCGCCUCAUGCUGCCGUACCUGUUCCCUGACCUUGCUGCCUUUCCCACAGUCGCUGACCUCAUUACGCACCUUCGCACUAGUGAUACUCGCUACCGCGCUGCGCUUCCUGCUGACUUCUGUGCCAAGAACCCUCCCCCUAUGUACAUCACCCUCUACUACAUAGUCACCCGGCUCCCUGACUCCCUUCGCUUAGUCAGGGACCAUUUCCUCUCAGUUUGCCCCACCACUCUCAACGUUGACCUCCUCGAGGAGCGCCUCCUGGCAGCAGAGAAGAGCAUAGUCGCUGUAGGAGCCUCUCGUGGUGACCCUCGCACCCCCGUCUUUGAGGGGUGUUCCCCCUCCCCCCUCUUGCCCUCUGUUGCUUCUGCUGCUGCGGCCGACCUCGUUGGCUUCGAGUCGGUCGGCGCUGCGUCUGCCCCUAGCGGGAGACGCCGCACCGGCGAGGGCAAGGGGGGCAAGGGCGCUAAAGGGGCUGGCGGGGGUGGUGGAGGUGGCGAUGGAGGCAGUGGAGGGGGUGGGGGUGGUGGUGGGAGUGGUGGCGGGGGUGGAGGUGUCGGUGGCAGCAGUGGAGGCGGAGGAGGCGGCGGCGGUGGCGGUGGGAGCGGAGGCGGCGGAGGUGGCGGAGGCGGUGGCGGUGGGAGCGGCGGCGGCGGUGGAGCGCAGAUGAUCACAAGCUGGAGCUGA